AUGACAGAUAUUAUUGAAAAAGUCCAAUUAAGUAAACUCCCAGAGUAUGUCCAAAUGUCAGAAAAGAAAGGAUACGUGAUGAGACAAUAAUUUAUAUCGAAAGAUUUGAUGCCCCUAUUGAAAUCCUGUUUUUGUGGUCAAUAUGUAAAUCCGGAUUAGGUACUUGUGCUAUGUCCUUCAUGUGAGAAGCCAUUUCAUGCUGAAUGUCUAAUUAAACAAUUUGAUCAAGGAAAUGUUAAUUGUGAUUCAUGCAGGGAAAUCCUUUCUAGCCAAUAAAUUACAGAUCGCAUUAAGGAUGCAUUGUAGACAAGGUAAUCUACAGUUGUUAUCCAAUCAAAUUAACCAAAAAUCUAUGAAUAAUAAAGAGCAAUUUAGAUUGAGGAAGAAGAGGAAGAAGAAUAACUAGAUAGAAAUGAAAGAAGAAUUGAUUUAGAGAAAAUAGUCAAAAAGAUUAAAACCAAAGAUGGCUAAAUCUCAUCUAAAGUGUAAAUCGUGAGGCAAGAUUCAAAUAACAAUGGAAAUUCUAGAGACAAGAACAAAUAACAUGAAAUUACUAUCCCUUAAGCUAAUCCUCCUGAACAAUAAAAACAACAAACUCAACCAUUUAAAAACAUAUCAGCCUAAGCAGUGGAAAAAAUGAAAAGUUGGGUUGAGAGAUACAGACAAAUGGAAUCAAACGCUUCAAGUUUUGAAAAGAAAAGACAAGAAGUCAGAGAAAAGUUCUUUUCAGUUAUUUUUUAUGGAAUUGAAGAAUUAAAAGACAUGUAUUAAAGAGAUCCUACAUCUAUUACACAACUAGAAAAAGAGAUUAUCAAUAAUUCUGACACAGCUUUAUUUUAAUACAUUAAGAAUUUGGCUUUAGACAUUGAAGUUUACACCCAUAUCAAGUUUAAUACAUAAUACAAGACCAAAUUAGAACCACUAUAUGUUGAAAGAUGCAAACUCAUUUAUUUACACAUGAAAGAUGACAAAAACUUAGAAUUGAGAAGAAAAGUCAUCUCCAAAGAAUUCUAAGCCUAAGAUUUGAGUACCAGAGAUGAAAGAGAUCUCUACAAUCCAGAGAAGAGAAAAUAAACUCAAGAGAUAGCUAUGAGAGUUAUUGAACUUAAUUAAAAGGAUAAAGAUGAAGAACAAAAAAUUGCCAAAGAUAUUGAAGAAGUAUCAUUUUCCAGGAAUUAAUCAAUUAAUGAAGAGAUCUAAAUCCCCACUUAAAAGAAGGAUGGACAUUCAACCAGAACACUUUUGAAAGAAAAAAUGAUGGAAUAUUCAGUCGAAAAAUCUAUAAUGAGAUUUAAAAAAAGAAUUGCUGAUGAACUUAAUGACAAGGAGCGUCUACUAAUAUUAGCCAGUUUAGAAUAGUAUCAACUCCAUUAAUGA